UUCUUCCGCAGCAUCAAGUAUUUUGUCCAUUUUAUUUCCACGCUUUCUUCCUCCCUUCACACCAUCUUCAACAUUACUAUACCCUUUCUCUUUACUCUUCACUCUUCACCUUCACCAUGCCAAGACAGAAAGGAGAAGUUAUGUGGCCAAGAUUGGUAGCUAGUAAGGUCCUAAAGAGAUUGGGGAGCACCAACUUCGUGGCAGAUUUUCCAAGUGAUUCAGAAUAUUUAUUAAAGAUUCCCCAUUUUGAUAAAAAAUCCUUCAGUUCUAAUGACAUUAUUUUCAAUGAUCACGAGGACACUCAAAACUACAGGGUUUUUGUUAAUACAUGGAACGUUGGAGGAGUUGUACCAAGUGACGAUUUCAAUGUGGAUGAUCUGCUUGGCACAUGCCACACUUCAUGUGACAUCUAUGUUUUUGGGUUUCAAGAAGUAGUGCCACUAAGAGCAGCAAAUGUUCUUGGAUCAGAGAGUGGUAGGAUUUCAGCAAAGUGGAAUUCCUUAAUAAGAGAAGCUCUGAACAAGAAAACAGCCAAAGGAGUUGGAAAUGAAGACACUAAACAGAAAGGAAAGGAAAAUACGAAUGGAAAUGAAAAUGAUGAAAAUGGCCAAAUUCCACAAGAAUUCAGUUGUAUUAUCAGUAAGCAAAUGGUGGGAAUAUUGAUAUCAGUAUGGGUUCGAAAUGAUUUUCGUUCCUUCAUUCGAAACCCUAGUGUCUCUUGUGUUGGCUGUGGCAUCAUGGGUUGCUUAGGCAACAAGGGUGCAGUAUCAGUUAGAUUUCGGUUGCAUGAAACAAGCUUAUGUUUUGUGUGCAGUCAUCUAGCUUCUGGUGGUAGAGAAGGAGAUGAGAAAAUUCGCAAUGCAAAUGUUGCUGAAAUAUUUUCAAGAACAACUUUUCCAAAAGGCUCCUCCCUUGAAUUACCAAGAAAGAUUCUAGAUCAUGACCGAGUGAUAUUGCUUGGAGAUUUGAACUACAGGAUUUCUCUACCAGAAUCAACUACAAGAUUAUUAGUGGAACAAGGAGAAUGGAAUGCACUCUUGGAAAAUGAUCAGUUGCAGAUGGAGCUAAUGGAUGGACAAGUAUUUGAAGGUUGGCAAGAAGGAAUGAUCAAAUUUGCCCCUACUUACAAAUAUUAUCUAAAUUCGAGUGAUUACUAUGGUAGAACAGAGGUCAAAAGAGGCGAAAAGAAACGUGCUCCUGCAUGGUGUGAUAGGAUAAUUUGGUAUGGAGAAGGGUUAAAGCAACAAUUGUAUGCAAGAGGUGAAUCAAGAUUAUCGGAUCACAGACCAGUGAUGGCAAUUUUCAGCACACAAAUAAGAGUAUCAAGAAAGUUGAAGAGAUUACAAAGUUUCUUUUUAUCAGAAAGAUUUGAGCAGAUCACAAGCCGCUUAGAGAUGCACUCACCAAAAGAUGACUUUCCAUGUAAUGCCAGAUUAAGCCUGCAACUUAAACAUAUAUAGAAUAACACUUCCCCUCCCCAAAAAUAUAGUAUUGUGUGAUCUUGACUUUUGUAAUAUAAAUCUGAGAUCAUGAAGAAAAGAACCUUUUUAAGCUAA